AUGACAGACAAAGUCAAAAUUGAAGCUAAAUCAAAUUCUACGACGACUGAUUUACGCCUAAUUCAGUAUCAAUUGAAAAAGUUAAACAAAGAUUCUUUUCAGUUAUUCAGUAAAUUAUCUCUCCAAUGUAAAGAGAUGAAACUGAUUCGAGAUUAUGGUGAAGAAUUGAAAUCAGCGCUUCUUACAGAUGGUAAAAAGUACUACAAUAGAUUGUUAAAAUUUCGAAAACUGGUUGAUUCAUUCACUGCAAAAAAGUCGGAAAUAAUGCAAAAAUCAACAUGGAAACACGGAACUUGUAUAAAAGAUUUGCAAGAGUUGAUGAAAAGUAUUGAAGACAUUUUAACAGAUAACAAAAGUGAGGAAAAAAUGAUCGCUGAAAUUCUUCUUCAACAAGAAGUAGAUCUAUGGCAAGACUGUUUAAAUAUGGAACGUCGUAUCGCCUGUUGGGAGAAGAAUGAAUUAAAAACAGAAGACAAAAUAAUUUUAAAUUUGCAGAAAACAACCUCUGGUUCUUCUAGCUUGUCUACACGUUUAGGAAUAAGAAAUAAUAAUCUACCACCGGAGAUCAACGAUUUUCAGAAUUUCCUCGAUAAUCAUGGUGGGCGAACAGGAGGUUGGACAGAGGAAGAACAUUCCAAAUUUUUAAAACAGCUCAAAGCAUAUCAAAUCCAAAAAGUUCAAAAUAAAAAAUUGACAAGUGAACAUAAUAUAAGCGCUGCAGUUAAACAGGCUGAUGAUGAAAGUGCAUUGCAAAUUGAUGAGGCGAAAACAAUAAAGGACAAUAGUGAAGAUGAUUGCAUGUCUGAUUUUCAUCAACAUCUAGCCGACCUGUUGAUGACAAAGACAUUAGAAGAAGUGGCUAAACAUGUAAAAUGGUGGGAAGAAUACCAGAAACUUGAAAUUGGUAAACGCAAAGCUAUACAAAAAUGGAAUGAAAAUCGGCGUCUCAACUUACAAAGUAAAAGUAACUCAGAAACAGAUGAGUAUGAAAAGAUCAAUAAUGAUGGAUCCUGUUUAAUGAAAAAACAAAAACAGAGCAUAUCUGCAAGUCAGCUGGAAGCGAGAAAAGCUGAAUUAGAAUUAUGGCGUCAGCAGAGAGAGGAGAUGAAACGACAAGAAGAGGAGAUUAAAAGACAAGCCGAAAUUGAAGCAAAACGUGCUCAAAUGAAAAUGAUAAAAAAGAAACAGGCAGAAUUACGCAAUAAAAUAACUGCGUAUAAAGAGGAGAAAAUGGCUGAAAAGUUGGAAAAUCUACGCUGUUUAGCAAUACAGGCUGAAAGUGAACGACUAAUUCGUCAACGUCAAGUAACUAGCGCUACAGAUCGUAUUCAACAAAGAACAGCAAAUCAAUUAAAUCAGUUAUCAGCCCGUAGAAAGGCGAAAGCAGAAAAAGAAAUCGGCAGACAGAAAUUAUUGGAACAAAUAAAGUUACAGAAUACGGUACAAGUUACCCGUGAUCGCGAACGUUUAAUCCAAUUGACAAAAGGUUGGGAGAUACGUUUAUCCCAACCGAAAACAGAGACUGUCAUUAAUCAAGGUUUGAAUUUAAGUUCACCAUCAGGUAGAAUGAUACCUGAAUGGAGAAGGAAUUUGUAA